AUGGAAGCACGAUGCGGCAGCAGCUGCGCCGGGCCACGCCACACCCGCACUCAUGUGAGGCUUGGCAGCUGUGUUUCCUUCACUGGCCAGACGUGUCAACUCAGACAUUCGACGUGGACGCUCCUCUGGGCAACUGGCGCGUGGAGGUUCGCCUCAAGUUCCUGGAUCUGCGCCGCGCGAACCAAGAUGGUCAGACUGCCGAGAGCCAGUCGCCAGUGUCUUCGGGAGGCGCUGCGAAGUGUCGUGCCGUCCGGGUUGGAACAAGACCUGCCCAUCCCGGCCGCGACGCGCGAGUGGCCGCAGAAGGAGCUCAAGCGAUGCCAAAAGCGGCUUCAGCAGAAGGUGGCCCUCGCUCUGGAUGAGGGCUCCGCAGGCAUGGCCCUGCCCCUGCUUCGCGGCGCCUUCCUGGACGGGUGGCCCACCCGUGCCCUGGAGCCAGCGCUGCAGCGUCUGCUCACAGGAAUGGACCCUCAGGAAAAGGACGGGGGCUUGCAGCUGUGCCUCCAGAUUCUCAGCCACAGUGAAGAAUCCCUGGGAGAGGCUUCCCUUUCGUCUUUGGUCGCGCUUCUUGUCGAUACCGGACGACCAGAUGCUGCCGAAGCGGUGCUGCAACAUGCAGUUUCCAUCGGCCAAGUAAAGAUGCGGACUUUUCAGCCGUUGCUGGAGUUCUUGGCCGCAAGCGGCGCUGGGGAGAGGCUGCGGUGGAUCUUUCAUCACUUGUUGCAGCCACUGGUCUCCCAGCGCCAAAUCCGGCUGAACGGCGCCUCUUUGGCGACCUUGCUGAGGGGCUUCGGAGCACACCCCGAAAUGCAGGAAGAGGUACUGGCACUGCUGUCCCUGGCAGAGCUGGAGCUGCCCAGAGCAUGCUUGGAGAGGAUCUCUCGUGAAGAACUUCCUGGACUGCACAUGGAUUUUGUGUUGCGGCCUCCUUGCAAUCUCGGCCAGCUUCUUCCCGAUGCAGGUCAUGCUGAAGAAGCAAGGGGGCGUGCUGCUGCUCUCCUGAAGCCAGAAACGCUUCGGAGACUGGCCGCAGCAAUGCAGGACGCUGGCAAUGGUCCUGCGACGUGCUUCGUGGAUGGACCCAACGUAGGCUACCGUGGCGCCGUCCAGCGGCGCCAGGAGAGUGAAGGUGGCCGAAAAGGUGCGGGAGGCAAGAACUUCUCCAGAGAGGAGGACAUGGAAAUCAGCAACUUGCACGCAGAGUACUUCCGCCAUGACCAGAUUGAAGCCGCCAUGGGCCAGUUGCGUGAACAGGGGGAGGUGCCCCUGCUGAUCAUGCCGGCGCGGUAUGUUUUUGCCCCGCCUGGCAGGCGCGCUGCCGCCGCAUCGGCCACAGUGAGUGGACCUAUGCAGCCACAGAACAGAUUGGUGGAGAGUUGGCUGGUGGGGAAGUCGCUGUUUGUGGUCUCCGAUGAUGAGCCCGACGAUGUGGCCUGGAUCUUCGGGACCUUGGGUGCCCAGGAGGAGGAUCAAAGUCUCUAUGUCGUUACGAGGGAUAAGGCUGCCAAUCACCGUGGAAGCAUUUGGGGCGUCAGAUUCGGCAGCGGCCAACGUCGAGACCUGGAGCUCGAGCGUUCCUUCCGCCGGUGGAGCGCCUUGCGCUUGCGCUGGUAUGCUGUGGCCUGGGAUGGAUGUGACCACGAUCAGGGCGCCACCGUUCGCAUCGAUGGGUUACCACCGUUGUCAAUGGAAAUCCAGCAGCAAAACGGAAUCUGGUACAUUCCUGAGGCGACGGGCUCGCGCUGGUUGGCCAUUGCAAGGAAAAAGUCCAGAGCAAUAGCAUCCCUGGGUUCGCCCGGCGAUGCCGCGCUGGUUGCCGGGGACACGGACGCGGACUGCUGCGUGAAGACCUGCACCGGAUUCGUUUGCGGUCAGACUGGCUUCGUUCUGCGCGCAGAUGCAGACACCACCACGGGAGGCGUAGGUGGCAACAGCGACGCCACCUGCUGCGUAAAGUCCUGCUCGCUGUACGAGUGCCCUCGAGGCAGGAACCUCGUCGCCAAUGCAGCCACCAUCAUCGCCGACUCUGAGAACUCUUGCUGCGAGUAG